UCAUUGACCAGCGUGAUGAAACAGGUCAGCUGACUGAUGACGUGAAGCCCGUGCAACUUCACCAGGAGGAAGCACAUUUGUGAAUCAGCAGCGGGACCGAGUCCGAGGAAUUUAAAGUCUCGACAAGUCGGUUGAAUACAUAUCAAGAAAAGAGAAACAUGCCUGGAGACAUUAACAAAGGCAAGAAGGCAUUUGUCCAAAAGUGUGCCCAGUGCCAUACUGUGGAGAAUGGUGGAAAGCAUAAGGUUGGGCCCAACCUCUGGGGUCUGUUUGGACGUAAAACAGGCCAGGCAGAGGGCUACAGCUAUACUGAUGCCAACAAAAGCAAAGGCAUCAUCUGGGAUGAGGAAACCCUGAUGAUUUAUUUGGAGAACCCCAAGAAAUACAUUCCAGGAACAAAGAUGAUCUUUGCUGGCAUCAAGAAGAAGAAUGAACGUGCUGACCUUAUAGAAUAUCUCAAGUCAGCAACUUCGUAAAGAACACUUUAUCCACCUAUCUUUGUCACUUUUUGUGUCUUGACAAACUGCUCAAGAGGCCAGGACGUUGUCAUUGUUUCAAAACCAGUUAGAACAACAAGCAAUCUGAGUGGUGUUGGCAUAGGUUGCCAUCUUUGUUGCAGCUGUAACUCCUCCAUUGUGGUGGAGGAAAUGAAAUUCCCUGGUUUUAACAGGUUCCUUUUCUAACAUAAAUUAUCAAACCAUAUACUGUGUAUUCCGAAUCUAGGGACUGAAAACUGUGUUUGCUAAGUGACUGUCAUCCAGUAUUUUGUUCCUCGAUAGUUUCAUAGGUUCUAAUUAAGUUGUCUUAAUAAUUUUCUGUUCCAAGAAUAAACAUGCUUCUUUGCCUCUGAGUUUAUGAUACCUCAACUGUUCUUUUAUUGUGUGAUAUCUGAAUUUGAAUAAAACUGACAUUCAA